CUCACUGUCACUCCAACCACCUUAUUUUACCUUACUGUUUCAUAACGUUAAUCAGUACGCUAUUUUCAGAACCCUUCCAACGUUUGAUCAUGACAACUGUACAGCUUGGCAACUGCGCGUGCCGUUCAUCCAACACAGAUUAUGCGGCUCUCACCGAUGAAACAUGGCUAACGGGAUCAAAGAUUGUGCAUUUGAGCGAAGAUGCGCUGAUUGAGACCGACGGAGCCGAUAGUUCCGACGACGAAGACAUCUUCAACCUUGAGCGGGCGUAUCACGACGAUCCCGACGGUGAUCUCCCCACCGCAACCGCGUCUGCCUUGACAGAAUCCCUAAUACCAGGCUCACAGACUCGUGAUCGCUCGUAUACUUUCCAUUUAGAAACCGGCGUUGCGUAUUCCCGUGCCGAGUUUCUCUUUGCCCGCAUUCGAAAAUCCUCUCCGUCCGAAAAAGUUGGUCUCCGGUUCAAGCCGGUAGGCAACAACAGUGGAGUCGUCAUAUCAUGGAUUGAUCCCAAUGGGCUGUUUGCCAAGUCAAACCUUUGCGUCGGUGAUCGAGUUCUAUCCGUCAACGGCAAGGCUAUGCUCCUAGCCAAAGCAACCAAAGUAGCCCAGGCAGUAGCGAUGGCACCGCGUUGGGUGGACAUCAUUGUCCGUCACAAGGGCGGUGAUCCGCACAUUGUUUCCACCAGUAUACAGCGAUCCAGCGGUAUCUCAAAGUUCGGCGUGGCUCUCAAGACCAAACGCGGUGCUCUGGUGGUGUCGCGCAUCAACGGUGGCGGCGUCUUUGCCCAGAGUCUGCUGCAACCCGGACACCGGUGUUUGAGUAUCAACGAUCUCCCCUGCGACGGAGGCUGGCAACUAAAAGAAGCUGCCAAAUGGAUUAGUAUGUCAAGGGAAUUCUGUACAAUCGUCUCGCGUCCGCAAGCGGAAUCCGCCGUGGUGCUCGCGUGUGAAGCGCAACGCACCUUGUGGACGACGUUGGCCUUGGGGUUCGGCGUCUUGGCCGGUGCCGCCAGUGCCGUCCAGUCUUUGGGAUAAUCCAUUUCAACUUGCAUAAGGCAUUGUCCAAAAUUGCAUUUUAUAAAUUAGAGAGGCGCAUGGAUGAAGUAUUGUAUUUUGGAACACCUGUUUGUGUAGUAUGGGUGCUUUCGCCAAUAUUAGCUUUAACAAAAGUUGACC